UAUAUAUACCUAUCAUCGCCGUCAAGCAAGGACUCGCUCGCGCACCACACAAGUUUAUUUUUCUUCAUCAAUGGCUUCUUGCAACUUCCCAGAAAUAUAUGCUUGGAUCCAUGGCCUUCCACCACUAUCUCAGUGGAGGACGAAGUCGCUGUCCUUGUGCCUGUGUUCUUCGUCUUCCUCCCAAGCCCGGCCGUCCCUCAAUCUCUACAUUUCCAGAGACGUCGACUCGCCCGCCAUCUCCUUCUCGAUCGCCUGCGAGCUCGACCUCCGCAUAUCUCUGUGGACCUCGAGGCUGUACAAGAUCAACCCUAGCUCUCCCAGAUUACUUGAUGAGGACGCCAUGUUCAGCCUCCUCGUCAACUUCAUCGAAGACGUCCUCCGCUACGGCUCGUACGGGAGUGAAUCUUCUACCUCCUCGCUCAGAAUCCCCAAACCCUAUUCAUUUUCCAACUUCAGCGACAUCUUUAACCUCGCCUUCCUCACUCUCUCCCUCUUGAUUUGCAUCUACGAGGCGCCCGCGGAUCUUCGUUCCCCGUGUCUCGACAGUCUCAAGGGUCACUUGAUCAACUGUCGAUCGCGGAACGCGUCGAAACUGCUCAUGAAUAUGAUCGGACCGAACCUAGAGGAGCAGUGGAUGCGAUCCCUCAACCUAGCGAUCACAAAUUGGAUUCUAGAGCGUCGCUCUAGCAACCACACGAUCAAAACACCGUCCCCGCUUUUCUCCUACGCGCGUUCAGCUUUUGGGGUAUGGAAAGUUCAUCUCUAUUGUCCGAUAAUCGCGAUGGAUGUGGUGGACACGAGCAAUCCCUCUACCGAAGAACGCCUUGCUUUCUCUCUAAACUAUAACCAACUUGAAGGAGUAAUCCAAUUCAAUUACAAACUAACGAUACAAGAGAAUUGGAUUGAUGUGUUCGUGGACACGGACAACAUAAGGUUUGACAUCGUUCGACUUGCAUCCGAAACCCUCAUGAGUGAACAAGGGGUAGGAGCAUCUGAAAAGCACUUCCCUUCAAGAAUAUCGCUACGGCUAACUCCAGUUAUUCAAAACAACAUCCUGAGUGUUUCAGUGGGCAAAUCUUCAGAGAACCCGAUGAGAGAGAUCGGCUCGGAAAAAGUCAUAGAAGCGGGAUUCGAACCUCCGAACUCUUACUUGGGUCUCAAGAUUUCGGCCAGAGAGACCAUGACCACGAGCUUAAAGCCAUGGAAGUUUGAGGAAUCUGUCUUGGGCUACAGCGCAAACUUGAAUUGGUUUCUCCAUGACCCAAUUGAUGGAAGAGAGGUCUCCUCUUCUAAGCCCUCGAGACUUGCUUUGCUCAAUCCAAAGUCGUGGUUCAAAGACCGAUACUCGAGCGGGUACCGGCCGUUCACUCGGCAGGGAGGAGUCGUCUUCGCCGGCGAUGAGUACGGCAAGGGUGUGAAGUGGAAGCUGUGCAAAAGCGCCAUGGGAAAGACAAUGGAGUGGGAAAUAAGAGGCUGGAUUUGGUUAAGUUAUUGGCCAAAUAAGCAUAGGACAUUCUAUUCUGAGACUAGGAGGUUGGAAUUUAGGGAGACCCUUCACAUUACGAUUGCUUAGACAAUUUGUAGCAGCACCAAAGUAAUGUAUGAUGGAAUUUUUUGGCUGCAUGAUAAAAAAUGUGCUUACAAUGUGCCUUUUUUUUACUCAGCUGAAGCAAUAGUAAUUUUU